GGCUAUGAAAAUGUUGUUCCAAAAAUUAUUGGACAUGUUGUGACAUUUUCAUGACUGCAUUCAUGGCUGCAAUCAGCUCUUUGGUUUUGCUAUGUGGACUUGUGUUGUUGGGACCCCAAGGAUUAGAGGAAAUAAAGACAUUGAGGGAGAAGAAACAAAAGCACGUUUGGUGCGCUCAAACACUGGAUGCACUUUGGAAGUAUAAAGAUGUAGCAUAUGUUGGAGGUCGUGUCAAAGCCUUGGUGAUGCGCAGACCUCCUCCUGAGACCGAUGACCCAAAAGGAAAAUUUCCUGAAAUUUCAUUUGGAGGGUGUGAUGAAGAGAAGGAAAAUGAAGGGGGGAGAAAUGAGCCAAUAUUGUUAAUUGCAGCGAAAAAUGGAGUGCUGGAAAUGGUGAAGAAAAUUCUGGAAGAUGAACCAGGGGCCAUCCACGAAACGAACUCGCUAGCCCAAAAUGUAUUGCAUGUGACUGUGGAGAACAAGCAACAUGAUGUAUUUGAGCAUCUGGAGGAGUACCUGAAGGAUAAGAUGUUGUGGAAAAGCCACGUGGGACGUGCAGACAAAGACGGCAACACCGUCCUCCACUUGGCUGCCAAGCUCUCACAUUGCAAGCCCUUGCAUAUUGGUGGUUCUGCCAUGCAAAUGCAGUGGGAACUCAAAUGGCUUCUGUACAUGCAGAAAAAAGUGCCGCGCCACUUGCAAUUCCUCUGCAAUCGUAGAGGGGAGACACCAGAAGAAAUUUUCGAAAGAGAUCACAAGAAUUUAAUCAAAGAAGGCGUUGAAUGGCUCAAGAGCACGUCGGGGUCUUGCUCCGUCGUGGCCGCACUUAUUGCCAGUGUGGCCUUCACAGCGUCUAUCACCAUCCCUGGUGGUGCUGAGAACGUGACCGGCAAACCUUACCUAGAACAUCAUCCAGCUUUCAAAUUGUUUUCGCUCACCUCUCUGUUGGCUUUCAGCUGCUCCAUCACCUUUCUCAUCUUUUUCCUCUCCAUCCUCUUUUCCCAACAGCAACCUCGAGAUUUUCACAAAGAUUUGCCUUUCAAACUUCUUUUAGGGUUGAGUUUCCUCUUCAUGUCCAUCGUUUCCAUAUCCGCCUCUUUCUCUGCUGCAUUCUUCUUUUUGCUCAAGGACAUCCUCAAGCAGCAUGUUUAUUCACUUUAUGUUUUCACCAUCUUGUCUAUUUAUUUCACUGUCAUCAUCCUAUUACCCAUUUGCACCGAUCUUUUCAUAGCUGUUUUCAACAAUACUCCCCGGUCCAGUAAUAGAGAAUCUGGAAAGCUGCUUAUUUGAAAUUGUUAUCACUUUUCCAUGAUUCUCACAACUGUUUGACAAGAACUUUGUUUUGUUAUCAACAACUCUAGCUAAUUUAAGUAAUUUGAAAUUAUGAUUUCCUUGCUGUGCUAUUUUUUCUUUUUCCAUGUUUGUAUCAUUUCAAAUUUUACUACUACGUAUUGAAAUCUCCUGUUAUAAUCUAAUCAAUAACUUGAAGCUUACA